AGCAUCGUGUUCGUCAGGCUCUAGACGCCGUUAAAGCCGUGCAAUACAACAACCCUGACGCUGUCGUGUGAUGUCCAACAAGAUCUCAGAGGGGCCAUUUGGAACCCACUAGAAAUAGUGCGAUUCCAUGGUACCGUCCAAGUUUGCUCAUAAACAGCAGGGCAAUCCGUGGUGGUAUAUCUUGAACACCCCUGUCAACGAAGACUGGCAACUACAUCCAGCCAUGUCCAGUCUUAAAAAGUUCUUUCCUGACCGUCCACACCUUCCACACGAGAUAGUGCUCCGCAUCGUCACCGAUCCAUGCCUUGAAUACUGCGACUUGUUCCGCCUCUCCUGUGUGAACAGAGACUGGCGUUCCUUAAUCUCUAAUACCCCAGAAACCCAGGCGUUGAUGUUCCUGCCAAGCAGCAGGAAUGCGCCCACCCCACCAUCCUCACUUCAGUCAGACCCAGUGAUAGUCAUCGAUCAGCCUUAUCUCCCGCGUGAAUGGGAAGCCAAGCCUCAGAAGUCUGGUCGGUCGGUUCCAAGAGUCCAUCUGUCAAAUUGGAGAGGCGAUCCAUGGGAUCGUGUGGAGCUACACCCAUGGCUCAAAGAGUUCCUCGUCCGUCCCAUUAUCCGUUUCGAAUCAAAUCAAAGACUCCCAGAUCAAUUGAGUGUCAGCUACCAGCUGCUGAACCACUGUUACAAAGAAUGCUUCCAGAGACCUGGUGCAACAUGGCGCAAAAUGUUCGUCACCCAACCUCCACUCCAGCACUUGAUUCUUAAAGUGAAAACUUACAGCUGCUGCGCUGAACCUUUGAGAUGUAAACCAUACUACCCUCAGUUUACAUUGCAGAACCAGAAAGGGGUAACGUUCGGAGACGUCAUUGACGCUAUUGUGCAGACCCGGCUUCCACACAACGCCGGUCUCGUAGAGAAUGAUGGCAAAUGUUUCGACUUUGUGACCAUGUGCUAUUGUUGGCAUUACACUAGAUUCGGAGAAGGUGCACAUUGGCCGGCGACGAUUCGAGCUAGAAUGGAAAGGCAAAAUGUGCUGGCUGGGAGACGUACAGGAUAGAGUUCAGAAGAAGGGUACUUAAAGAUACGUCUGUAAAUACCUGCAACUAAUUGCUUUGACACCACAUCAGGAGACAGCUGCUUUCUGAGGCGUACGCAGUUACUACAGUCACUAUACUGUCAUAUCAAAUCUACCAAGUGAAAAUACUAUAGCGAGUCGGUUGAAGCUGGUGCUCCAGCCUGUAUUCACCAUCGGCAGCCUUCUACAUACUAGCACACAAUGCUCAUCUAUUCUCCUCCUCUUUUGUACUCAAACCUUUUUCCCUUCCUCUCUUUCUUUCUCUAGUCUCACUGCGACCGACAU